AAAGCUAAAGAGUGAGGGCUUUAUUCAGUAGGUAAUAGGGAGUCAGGGUAGGGGUUUGAGCAAGAGAGUGACAAGAUCAGAGUUGGGUGGGAAGACUGGACGCUGGGCCCUUGGCCAAUCAGGGCCCAGGGUGGAGCGCCAACCCCUCCCCUCCCCAAGUUCCUGAGCCCUGGCCUCCUGGUGGUGUUGGGAGCUCUCUGGGGCUGCGCUGGAAGAGCAGCUCCUGAAACCCAGGGCGCUCCCAGCUCCUCAACCCUUGUUCCCGCGUCUCCCUCCCCUAGGUUCCUCACCAUGACCACACUGAGCGCCCAAGUCAAAGGCUCCCUCAACAUCACCACCCCAGGGGUGCAGAUAUGGAGGAUCGAGGCCAUGAAGAUGGUGCCUGUUCCUUCCAGCACCUUCGGCAGCUUCUUCGAUGGUGACUGCUACAUAGUCCUGGCUAUCCACAAGACGGGCAGCAGUCUGUCCUAUGACAUCCACUACUGGAUCGGCCUGGCCUCGUCCCAGGACGAGCAAGGGGCGGCUGCCAUCUACACCACACAGAUGGACGACUUCCUCAAGGGCCGGGCCGUCCAGCACCGCGAGAUCCAGGGCAACGAGAGUGAGGCCUUCCGAGGCUACUUCAAGCAGGGCCUCGUGUAUGGAGGGGGAGGCGUGGCUUCUGGCAUGAAGCAAGUAGAGACCAACUCCUACCAGGUCCAGCGGCUGCUGCAUGUCAAGGGCAAGAGGAACGUGGUGGCCGGAGAGGUGGAGGUGUCUUGGAAGAGUUUCAACCGUGGGGAUGUUUUUCUCCUGGACCUGGGGAAGCUUAUCAUCCAGUGGAACGGGCCGGAGAGUAACUGCAUGGAAAGACUCAAGGGCAUGAACCUGGCCAAGGGGAUCCGAGACCAGGAGCGGGGCGGGCGCAGUUACGUGGGCGUGGUGGACGGGGAGAACGAGAAGGAGACCCCGAAGCUGAUGGAGAUCAUGAACCACGUGCUGGGCCAGCGGAGGGAGCUGAAGGCCGCGGUGCCUGACAAGGUGGUGGAGCCGGCACUCAAGGCCGCCCUCAAGUUGUACCACGUGUCUAACUCAGAGGGAAAGCUGGUGGUUACAGAAGUUGCCACGAGGCCACUCACCCAAAACCUGCUCAGUCACGAGGACUGUUAUAUCCUGGACCAGGGGGGCCUGAAGAUCUAUGUGUGGAAGGGGAAGAACUCCAACACCCAGGAGAAGAUGGGGGCCAUGAAUCAGGCACUGAACUUUAUCAAAGCGAAGCAGUACCCCCCGAACACACAGGUGGAGGUGCAGAACGAUGGGGCCGAGUCAGCUGUCUUUCAGCAGCUCUUCCAGAAGUGGACGCUACCUAAUCAGACGUCAGGCCUGGGCAAAAUCCACAAUGUGGGCUCCGUGGCCAAAGUGGAGCAGGUGAAGUUUGAUGCCAUGUCCAUGCACAUCCAACCUCAGGUGGCCGCCCAGAAGAAGAUGGUAGACGAUGGCAGUGGGGAGGUGCAGGUGUGGCGCAUUGAGAACCUAGAGCUGGUGCCGGUGGAUUCCAAGUGGCUGGGCCACUUCUACGGGGGUGACUGCUACCUGCUGCUCUACACCUACCUCAUUGGCGAGAAGCAGCACUACCUGCUCUACAUCUGGCAGGGUAGCCAGGCCAGCAAGGAUGAAAUAGCAGCCUCUGCCUAUCAAGCCGUCAUCCUGGACCAGAAGUACAACAAUGAACCGGUCCAGAUCCGGGUCCCGAUGGGCAAGGAGCCACCACACCUCAUGGCCAUCUUCAAGGGACGAAUGGUGGUCUACCAGGGAGGCACCUCCCGAGGCAACAAAGUGGAGUCGGUGGCCUCCACACAGCUGUUCCAGGUCCAGGGAAACAGAGCCGACAACACCAAGGCCUUUGAGGUCCCAGCCCAGGCCAGCUCCCUCAACUCCAAUGAUGUCUUCAUCCUUAAGACCCAGUCCUGCUGCUACCUGUGGUGUGGGAAGGGCUGUAGCGGGGAUGAGCGGGAGAUGGCCAAGAUGGUUGCUAACAUCAUCUCCCGGACGGACAAGCAAGUGGUGGUGGAAGGACAGGAGCCGGCCAAUUUCUGGAUGGCCCUAGGUGGAAAGGCGCCCUAUGCCAGCAGCAAGAGAUUGCAGGAGGAAACCCUGGCCAUCACCCCCCGGCUCUUUGAAUGUUCCAACAAGACCGGGUGUUUCCUGGCCACAGAAAUCCCUGACUUCAAUCAGGAUGACUUGGAUGAGGAUGAUGUGUUCCUGCUAGAUGUCUGGGACCAGGUCUUCUUCUGGAUCGGGAAGCGUGCCAAUGAGGACGAGAAGAAAGCCGCAGCCGUCACGGUGCAGGAAUACCUCAAGACCCACCCCAGCGGCCGUGACCCCGAGACCCCCAUCAUUGUGGUGAAGCAGGGAUACGAGCCCCCUACCUUCACAGGCUGGUUCCUGGCUUGGGAUCCCUUCAAGUGGAGUAACGCCAAAUCCUAUGAGGACCUGAAGGUGGAGCUUGGAAACUCCAGGGACUGGAGCCAGAUUACUGAUGAGAUCACAAACCUCAAACCGGAUGUGUUCAAUGCUAACACCAACCUCAUUGUUGGGCCUCUACCCAUCUUUCCCCUGGAACAGUUGGUGAACAAGACUGUGGAGGAGCUCCCUGAGGGUGUGGACCCCAGUAGGAAGGAGGAGCACCUGUCCCCCGAGGAUUUCACCAAGGCCUUGGGGAUGACGCCCACUGCCUUCUCUGCCCUCCCUCAAUGGAAGCAACAAAACCUCAAGAAACAAAAAGGCCUGUUUUGAGAAGCAGGGGUAGCUGCUAGCUGGAGGGCAGUACCCUACCCUGCUUGGUUUUUCAUGACCGGGAUGGGAGUCCUACACUAAUUGAGGUGAAAUUUUAGUUACCGGUGAGCGGCCUUCUGUGGCACUGCCACUUUUAUCGAGUAACCUACCUAUUCUUC